CCAGCCGCCUCCCAGGGCUCGCCGCCCGCCCUCGCCCCGUCGCUGCCGGGGGGAAGGCCAGCAUGAUAGAGGACCUUCUGUCCGCCCUCCUGGCGCUGCUGAGCCUCUGGUUCACGGUGGCCUUCCUGAUGAUCGUCCUGCCGUCCAUCUUCGGCUUGUCCUUGGGCAUCUCGGAGCUCUACAUCAAGAUCCUGGUGAAGACCUUGGAGUGGGCCACCCGGCGAAUUCAGAAAGGAAUACGAGAGCAGCGGACAGAAGUACAGAAAAUUCCCAGUUCAAAUGUUAUCAUACAAAGAGAUCACACCACAAUGGAGGAGGCGAUUGCGGGCCUGCGGCGAGGGGACUUCGAACUCUCCGACGCUUUCUAUUACUGCAAAAAGGGUGUUGAAGCCAUCGUGGAAGACGAGGUCACCCAGAGGUUCACGUCGGAGGAGCUGGUCUCCUGGAAUCUCCUCACCAGGACCAACAUCAACUUCCACUACAUCAGUUUACGGCUGUCUGUGGUCUGGGUCAUUGGGGUCUUUGUGAGGUACUGCCUCCUGCUCCCUCUUCGGUGAGUCUCACUCCAAAUUAUCGAGCUAGCCUGGGCUAUCCAGCCCUUCUCACUUUCCUGGAUGCUGCUGUCUUGCAGAACCAAAAACUGGCUGAGCGACCUGGCCCACCUCACAUGCUCCCGGAUCCUUGUGAGAGCGUUAUCUGGCACCAUUUAUUACCACAACAAGGAGAACAGACCCCAGAAAGGAGGCAUCUGUGUCGCCAACCACACAUCUCCGAUAGAUGUUGUAAUACUGACAAACGAUGGCUGUUACGCAAUGGUUGGCCAAGCUCACGGGGGACUCAUGGGUGUCAUUCAAAGAGCCACGGUCAAGGCCUGCCCGCACGUCUGGUUCGAACGCUCCGAAAUGAAGGAUCGCCACCUAGUGACCAAAAGACUGAGGGAACAUGUAGCAGAUAAGAACAAGCUGCCAAUUCUCAUUUUCCCAGAAGGCACGUGCAUAAACAACACCUCCGUAAUGAUGUUUAAAAAGGGAAGUUUUGAAAUUGGUGGAACCAUCUACCCGGUGGCCAUCAAGUAUGACCCCCAGUUUGGUGACGCCUUCUGGAACAGCAGCAAGUACGGAAUAGUGAGCUACCUCCUGCGAAUAAUGACCAGCUGGGCCAUCGUCUGCAACGUGUGGUAUCUGCCACCCAUGACAAGAGAGGAAGGAGAAGAUGCUGUCCACUUUGCCAACAGGGUGAAGUCUGCCAUCGCUCGCCAAGGAGGACUCACCGAAUUAUCCUGGGACGGAGGCUUGAAGAGAGACAAAGUGAAGGACACUUAUAAGCAAGAAGAACAGAAAAACUACAGCAAGAUGAUCAUCGGGAACGGGUCGUCCGCACGUGGAUCGAUAGCGGCAGACUGAUUUUCCCCCCUCCCCAGUUGAGAUAUCUCAUGCCUCAAAAUAGAAAGUGUGGCGUCUCCCCUCCCCCAGUAGAAACAGAACACAACACCGAGUUCAGGCCGUGAAAGACACUGCUUUGUUUGCUUGAAACUGUGAUUUUUUUGGGGGAAGGUGUGCUGCUAUUCACUGGGGAAUUCCAGCUCUUGACGUCUAGAUGGGAGAGCUGGACCGAAGCUUGGAGGAGGGCCGGAAACUCCCAGUGUUUAAAAAGGGGCUAUAACUUUUUGAACAUUUGCCCCAAAGGAUGUACAUAAUAAUAAUAAAAAAUCAAGUUGUUUUGUCACGUUAAAUGAUGGUCGUAUCGUUCUGGAAUGUUUGAAUGAUUCCUCCUCCGCGGUCACAUGGAUUGUUGGUCAGUUGUUAGUGUGUUUCGAUAGGUGGUCUUACAUUUCUGAGGUUGUUUUGACGGAUAUAUCUUUGGGGCUUGUGUGUUUUGAAAUCACUUUAUUUUGAGGA